GGCGGCGGCGGCGGCGGCGGCGGCGGCGGCGGGAGCGGGAGAGGGAGAUGGCCGGCCCGCAGCAGGCCCCGCACCUCCACCUGGCUGAGCUCACCGCCUCCCAGUUCCUCGAUGUCUGGCGACACUUCGACACGGACGGGAAUGGCUACAUUGAAGGCAAAGAGCUGGAAAACUUCUUCCAGGAGCUGGAAAGCGCAAGGAAGGGGGCGGGUGUGGACUCAAAGAAUGACAACUUAGGUGACAAAAUGAAGGAAUUCAUGCACAAGUAUGACAAAAAUGCAGAUGGGAAAAUCGAGAUGGCAGAGCUAGCCCAGAUCCUGCCCACGGAGGAGAAUUUCCUGCUGUGUUUCCGCCAGCACGUAGGCUCCAGCUCGGAGUUCAUGGAGGCUUGGCGCAGGUACGACACGGACCGAAGCGGCUACAUCGAAGCCAACGAGCUCAAGGGCUUCUUGUCAGACCUGCUGAAGAAGGCAAACCGGCCCUACGAUGAGCCCAAGCUGCAGGAGUACACACAGACCAUCCUGCGGAUGUUCGACUUGAACGGUGACGGAAAGCUGGGCCUCUCGGAGAUGUCCCGACUUUUGCCUGUGCAAGAAAACUUCCUUCUGAAGUUUCAGGGGAUGAAGCUGUCCUCGGAGGAGUUCAAUGCCAUCUUCGCCUUCUAUGACAAGGACGGGAGCGGCUUCAUUGACGAAAACGAGCUGGAGGCGCUUUUGAAGGACCUGUAUGAAAAAAAUAAGAAAGAGAUGAACAUCCAGCAGCUCACCAACUACAGGAAGAGCAUCAUGAACCUCUCCGAUGGGGGCAAACUGUACCGCAAGGAGCUGGAGAUCGUGCUCUGCAACGAGCCCCCCAUGUAGGACCCCCCACGCCACCCCACACUCCUCCUCCCUGAAAACAAGCACAAGGGGGGAGCACCCACUACUGCCCCCCCGCCAGCGCUCCCCCAGCGCCCCUUGGAUCUGCUGUAGGUCAUUAAAAUCCCACUUCGGAGGGGGAAAAGCCCUUAUUUUAUUUUUUACCCCACCCACCUGGCUGAUUUAAGUUGGUGUUAGGUUGGGGGUUUUUUUGGGGGGGAGCAUUUUCAUUUGAUUGGUCUCUUUUUGAGUUGUUAUUGUUUACCAAAGAAUAGUUUACAAAUAAAUUCAAGUACUGCUAGACUGGA